AUGAGCACGAAUAACGGAAGAACCGAUGGUACAGAGAAGAAUAGCGCGGUGAAUUCGCCGUUUUCUGUUCUCAAGGGCCUGACGCCUGUCAACAAAGAGCCCGUAUCGCAGGUAAUUUCUCGCGCGGCCUCACGUCAGACAACAGAGAAAGAACGCACUAGUAGUGAGGAUCCGCUCAUGGAAGAGUAUUUGACGAAAUACUACGGAAGCGAUGAAGACGAAGACAUACUUCGAGCAAGCAAACGAACCGAGAAAUUCUGGAAGGCCUUUGCAGCAGAGCGCAAGGAUGGGGACGAGAAGGUUCCAAGCAGGUUCAGGCGGAAGAAACUGCCAAAGUCGGAGAGACGAGCGGCAGCAGGGAGUGGGGGUGCGGAGCUGGCUGGUGCAUCUGCUCAUCCGGUUGAUUUCUACGACAUUAGAGGAGAAUACUCCGAUUUUGAGAGCAUUGUGGACGUGGCAUUCUCCAAUGGCAUCUCAGCAGACGAGUGGAUUGAGAAGGAGGUCAGUUAG